AUGGAGGUCUUGUCAUGCAGGGCUUCAUGCUACAAGGAAGUUGGGGAGUACAAGAAGGCUGUCGCUGACUGUACAAAGAUACUAGAAAAUUAUGGCACAAUCACAUCUGUCCUUGUACAGCGGGCCCUCCUAUACGAGAGUAUGGAGAAGUAUAAGCUUGGGGCAGAAGACCUCAGGACAGUUAUGAAACUUGAUCCUGGUAAUAGGGUUGCAAGAAGUACCAUUCACCACUUGACUAAAAUGGCUGAGUAGAGAUGUUUUGGAAUUCUAUUUGUUAGCCCUUCGUUUACGCAUAUGUUCGAUUCCACUAUUCCCCUGAUUUACAUGCAUAAUAUACUGUAUUUCAUAUCUCCCAUGGAUUUUGAUUGGAAGUUCUCUCUCUCCCUCUCUCUCUUUUUUGUAGCUUAAAAUCAGCUUUCGUGUGACCAAUUAUAAGUGAUGGAGUAUUUGCUCUGUUAUGUGUCUCGCUGCAUAUGAGUUGUGCUUUAUUGUUGAUUGCUAUUAUCUUACUUUUGCUGUUUAGUUAUUCAUACUUCAUGCAAUUAUCGUAAGCCUCUCAUUAUGUGCAUGAAUCUUUUCUAGUGCAAUUAGUCACAUGGUCCUAGUCCCUACCCU